AAUUGAUUGAGCAGCUAUGACGACGGAGCCACCACCAAUGCCACUUUCCGGCGAGGAAGCCGCCACCUUAUCGGCUUUGGACUUAGAAACAGCACCUCAACCACCCGCACCUCCCCUAAAAAAGAAGCGAAACCUCCCUGGAAUGCCAGAUCCGGAUGCUGAGGUGAUUGCUUUGUCGCCAAAGACGCUGUUAGCGACGAACCGUUUCGUGUGCGAGAUCUGCAACAAGGGGUUCCAGAGGGACCAGAAUCUCCAGCUCCACCGGCGGGGACACAACCUCCCGUGGAAGCUCCGGCAGCGUGCCACCAAGGAGGUACGAAAGAGGGUGUACGUGUGCCCCGAACCUUCGUGUGUCCACCACAAUCCUUCCAGGGCGCUCGGCGACCUCACCGGCAUCAAGAAGCACUUCUGCAGAAAGCACGGCGAGAAGAAGCUCAAAUGCGAACGUUGCUCAAAGAAAUACGCCGUUCAGUCCGAUUGGAAGGCACACAUGAAGACCUGCGGAACCAGAGAGUACAGAUGCGGUUGCGGAACCUUGUUCUCUAGGAGGGAUAGCUUUGUUACGCAUAGAGCUUUUUGCGAUGCGUUAGCUGAAGAGAGUGCUAAGGCUCAAACCCUAAGCACUGAUGACAAGGACGGUGUUGGUGCUGGUGUGACUGCGGCUUCUUCUUCAUCGCCGCCGCAGCCGCCGCUUACUCCGUCGACUUCGGUGGUGUCUCCGACUCUGUCAAUUCAGAGCUCAGAAAUUCCGGAAAAUGCGACGAGGCUGUCACCGCCAACAACGUGUGUUGCGAAAGCUGUGACAACUAGCACUGUUCUUGCAACUGUGUUGGCAUCCUCAGCCGGAGCAGCAGCACCAUCAACCACCUCAUUCCCCAACGUCACGGCAGCCACGUCACUCUCCCUCUCCGUGCCACUCUAUCUCUCCAACAACGUUAACGACCCUCGCCAUCACUACACUGCAUGUCCACAGCCAUCAACAACAGCUGCACUGUCUGCCACCGCAUUGCUCCAGAAGGCAGCUCAAAUGGGUGCAGCUUCUUCCAACACGUCGCUUCUUCGAGGUUUAGGCUUAGCCACGUCAUCUACGGGAUAUCAUCCUCAAGACGAGAGCGGCAUUGACAACCCAAUAAUGCAAUGGAACAUGAGCAGCCAUGUGAAGCAAGAGAAUCCGAGUUUGGCAGAUCAUAACCUUGGGCUUGGACUUCCAUGUGGGGAUCCGGGUUUUGCAGAUGUGAUGAUGGGGUCCCCUCCCAUGACCCGGGAUCUUCUUGGUCUUGGAAUCGGUGGCAAUGGCGGUGAUAAUGUUAGCAGGGGUGGUCUUUCUGCUUUAUUAACCUCUUUUGGAGGGAACUUCGAUUCAUCUGGAGAUGCAGGUGGAGUUCGCCACCAGUAGAAUAUGUUGAUGUGGCUCGCCGCGCUUUUUUUGGUGACGAGAAAUCAACUCUACUCUUGUAUAUCCUUUGAGCUUUCCCAGUCAGAAAAAUGACGGGUAAAGACAAAAAGUCACACUUAUAUUAAUCUCACGUCACAUGUAGUAUACAAACCUCUUUUUCGGGAUAUAAUUAUUGUAUGCCCAAGUGUUUUGUACUUUUGUCUUUCUCUGUAAUGAGUGUUUUAAUUUGGUUCCUUACCCCUUCUUGGUAGAUCAACGGACAAUUAAAAUUGUAGAAAAAUGAUGAAAUAUGACAUGGGAUAAUGUAGAACUGAGCUACUGUAACUAUACGCCUUAGAUGAAGGAAAAUAUUUUGUACA